GAGAGAGAAAGAGAGAGAGAGACUGGGAGCGAACGAGCGAGCUUGCCUAAGACAGUGAAAGGAAGCAGGCCAGCUCAGACAGAGAGCAGAGCGGCAUGAGAGUGGGGCAGUGUGUGUGCGCGUGUGCGAACCAGACAGGACCAGACAGCGUUCAGUUGACUUUGACAGGGAUAUAGGACUCUGCCGGGAAGAUUUUCUCUGUAGUUUUCUCUCCCUCUUCCAUCACACCUUCCCCUUCUCCCUUCCCCCUUUACCCUUUCCCCCUUCAUCCUCUGGCAGUUAUCCCCCUCUCAGCUCCUGCUUCAAGCGGCUCCUCCGGGCAUGCUCCUUAAGCCAAAGUAUGGCCGGUUUCGCAAUGAGUCUGUGACCUCCUCCGAUGACCUGAUGCAGAGCUUAGCCAUGAGCGGCAAAGUUGUGGCCACACCAGUGGUCCCCUCCUCCUCCCCAAGCCUUCCACUGCCUCCCCUGCCUCCUCUGCCUCCUCUGGAUCCCAGUACCAGGUCCUCCUCCUCUGCUGGGGCUACAGCUCUGGCUGACUCUCCUUGCCUGGAUGGGGAACAGGAUGCUGUCACAACCUUCUGCAUGCUUAUCCCUAAAAUGCCCCAGUGGAAGUUCUCCAACUCCCUGCUUAGCCGGAGCCCGUCCAACUCUAGUUCCAGCUCUAGCAAGGACUCGGGCAAGGCAGCAGCAGCUUCUUCCCAGGCCUCUGUCUCCCCUUCUUCAGCAUCACACAGGCUAUCCGAGGACAGAGAGCAGUAG